CGGAAGUGCUGUUGUUUGGACGUCAACUCUCUCAGGAAUAGACCCUGCUGUAGCCAGCAUAAGGACUGCACAGUGAGCUGGCUGGAGAAUCCCACUGGGACAAGUUGAUUACUCUAGAUUCUUUGGAACUUUGCUGUUCAGUUGAGACAUCGUCCCUGGACACCUGGGAGAGCCGCAACUAUGCCCUGUCUGAGAGAUGUCAACAUGACAAGCAUGUGUUCCCACAGCCUGCAGCAUUGCGCCCUGCAGUGUGGCCAGUCCCCUUCACACUUGGUGUGCACAUUUUGUUUCGAUGGCAGGCAGCAGUGACAUAUCCGCACCAGCCAACUGUUGCUCCCACCGGGAUCCACAAGACCAUUGUAUUAUCUCUUUAGCUACUGUUACAUUGUUGCUGCUGCUGCUAUUGUUGCAGUAUAGAAGCUGCUGUCCUGGAGUGGGCAUAGGUCUCUGCUGCGUUUUUGCAUCCUUUUAGAUCUGACCCUUAUCUUUGGACAAACUUUGCUCAUACAGCCAGGGCUUGCAUAACUUAUCACAACCAUGAGAAAUUUUGUUGCAUAAGUAUACAUACCCCUUUACUGCCUGGGGCAAAUGGUUGGGGUAUUUACCAUGAACAUUCUUCUUGAGAAUGAGGGAGAACUUGGCUACUCUGCAGGUGAUUCUGUAUCUGGACAGGUGAUUCUGGAGCUGGCAGAAGAUACUCGUGUAUUAGGCCUUCACCUAUAUGCACAUGGUGGAGCUGUAGUGUCCUUUACACCAAGGAGAGGAGGAGAGAGCCAGAAUACACCAUGUUCAGGAGAAUGUGUUCAGUACCUUAAUGAGGAGGUUACUUUACUGGCUGCAUCCACAGGUGAAACCCUCAUGGUUACAGCUGGGAGGCACACAUUUCUGUUUCAAUUCCAACUUCCUGCAGGACAAUUGGUUACUUCUUUCACUGGGAAAUAUGGUAGGGUUCAAUACCAACUCACUGCAGUAUUGGAGAGACCAUCCAUGCCUGCUUGUAGCAUCCACCGUGAGCUCCGAGUCACCAGUCGUAUUGAUGUCAACUCUCCGUCUUUACUUACUCCUGUAGAACAAUCCAAAGAGCAAAUGAUUGGCUGCCUUUUCCUAACUUCUGGACCAAUAUCUUUAAGUGCCAAAAUUGGACGAAAAGGUUACUGCAAUGGGGAAGCCAUACCCAUUUAUGCAGAAAUAGAAAAUGGAUCAUCACGUUUAGUUGUUCCCAAAGCUGCUAUAUACCAAACCCAAACUUUCAGAGUCUGUGGAAAGACGAAAGCACACAGGCAGAUGCUGGCCAGCGUGCGUGGGAAUCACAUUGCCUCUGGAAGCACUGAAACAUGGAACGGAAAAACACUCAAAAUACCUCCAGUAACACCCACUAUCAUGGACUGCCGUAUCAUCCAUGUGGAGUAUGCACUAGCGGUCUAUAUUCACAUUCCUGGUGCACAGAAGCUGAUGGUGGAGCUACCUCUAGUUAUUGGCACAGUCCCAUUUAAUGCAUUCAUGUACAGGAACACAAGUGUGGCCAGACAUUUUACACUAGACAUGAGUUGGCUUGCCUUAGGACUGCCAGAUCAACCAGAAGCACCACCAAAUUAUUCUGCUAUUGUAUCAGAGGGAGAUCUUUCAUGGAGUGCCCCUUCACUCACAGAACAGGAUGACUUAGCUGAAGGCCUUCACUUCCCACCACUUGAUGCCAUGCAGCAGUUCAGGUUCCAGCCACCACCGCUGUACUCAGAGGUAGAUGAACAUCCCAACCAAUCUGCAGAAGAAAGAACGGCCUCGUUUACUCAAGAAGGAUGAAAACCUAUUAGUUAAUUGAAAUAAAAAGCCAUUUCCUAAUCUGAUGUUAUGCCAAGAACAAUGGAGAAUUCUAAACCUUUUUCAACCUGCCUUAAACAUGUCUUCUUUGGGGCAAAAGAGAAAAAACUUUGGGAAAUUGCUGUGAAGUUGCCAAACUUUUUUGUGUGUGUGUGUUGUUGUUUUUUUAAGUUCUAUCUAUAACUGUGAAAUUAAAAUUUGGGGAAUGUAUUACAACUUUGGUUAUAAUGUGUAGCAGAAUGGAUAGAUGCAGAUAUUCCAGAAAAUAUACUGUGGUACAGUUUUGAUGAUUGGUACACAGGUAGCUGUAGUUCAAGCAGCCAAUCCCAUAUACUGUACUUUAAUUUUUGAUACUAGGCUACAAAAUGACUGUUUGAUGUGGGUAUGCAGAAUUGUGUUUACAUAAUUACAUGUUCAUUUAUUGGCAAACUGCUCUAUUGGCAAGCUGCCGAUGUGCGAUGCCUUUGCACUUCUUGGGGGGGGGCACUGACUUGCGGGGUGGACUAGCCCUGUGCUGGGCGUCCCCCCGCAUGUCAGUGUGAAUGAUCAUAGCUGUGCUAAGUUUAGCACAGCUACGAUCAGUGAAUGAGAUCUGUAAUUAUUGGGUGGGCUUAUUAUCAAACUAAUAGAUGGGGUAUUGAGACCCUUCCUCUAUGAAUUUCUCACUGAACUGAAUGUGAAAUUCAUGGCAAAGCCCAUUUUAAAUAUUAUGUCCAUUAGAUAUGAUUUGCUUUGUUAGCAUGCUGUGAGAUGUAUGUGUUUAUCAUAAACACAAAUACUGAUGUGCUGCGCAUCACCAUUGUAUGGGGGUCAUUCCAAGUUGAUCGCUCGCUAGCUACUUUUUGCAGCCGUGCAAAUGCAUAGUCGCCGCCCACUGGGUGUGUAUAUUUGCUAUGCAAGGGUGCGAUCGCAUGUGUAGCCGAGCGGUACAAAAAUAGUUUGUGCAGUUUCUGAGUUGCUCAGAACUUACUCAGCCCUUGCGAUAACUUCAGCCUGUCCGGUCCUGGAAUUGACAUCAGACACCCGCCCUGCAAACGUUUGGACACGCCUGAGUUUUUCCAACCACUCCCAGAAAACGGUCAGUUGACACCCAUAACGCCUUCUUCCUGUCAAUCUCCUUGCGAUCGGCUGUGCAAAUGGAUUCUUCGUUAAAUCCAUCGCCUAGCAAUGAUCCGCUUUGUACCCGUAUGAUGCGCCUGUGCAUUGCGGUUCAUACGCAUGAACAGUAGUGACCUGAUCAUUGCGCUGCGAAAAAUGGCUAUAAAAUAAAUAUAAUGUAUGUAUUUUAUGUGUGCUUUGCAAAAGUAUUUAUACUUUACAGUACUCUUUGAAAUGUUUCUGAAUUACAAAUGACUUGGUACCUGCACAUCAUUAUAGGGACACACAACUCUCUAGCUUCCGGAGUUUGCAACUUUACUGUGAUGAGGACUUCUUGGCUUGUCUCUCCAAAGUCAAGUAAUUCUGAGAUAAGAAAAGUUUGGAUAGCAGGGGCUAUGGCCCCAGGAUGUGCAUGUGGUCGUACUAUAGUUGUACUUGUAUAGGGAAUAUUGAGAGGAGGAGGAUUACAAUGUAAAGAAUGCCUGAUCUUGAGAGCUUAACAUUUAAAGAAGUGUGGUGCAUAUGUGUGGUGUAAAAGAGUGGGUGAUUCUGUGUGGAAGAAUAGGUGGUGGGGAGGUGGAAGGGUAGGUUAGAAGUGCUGGUAGUCUUUUAUGUUUUUUUUGGGGGGGAGGAAGAGGAGAGAUAGAUUUACACAGGUAAAUAUGUGUGCUAUCAGCAUAAGUGUGGUUUUGGAGGCUAAAUGACAUGAUACGGACACACACAAUGAAAGUUACAGGGAGAACAGAAGAGGGCAGGGAAUGGAACCUGGGGAACACUGACAGUCACUGGGAGAGGAGGAGGUGGGGUCAGAUAAGAAGUGGUUGGGAAGGCAAGAAGACAACCAACAUAUAACAGUAUCUCAUAUACCAAUGAAGUGGUGGGUUUGUAGGAAGGCAGGGUGGAUCACAGUGUCAAAGGCCACAGAGAACCAAGUGGUAGUAAGUGUUGUAUAGCAUUUCCAUAUGUUGUUGGAAUUCCCCCCCCCCCAACGUAUUUUGAAGUGUUUUGUAAUGUAGACAGUGUGUGAGGGUUAUUUAAUGGAUAGUUAUUAAAAUGUGUUUGGUAAUACAGGUAUGUACUCAAUUUAGCAUAGUGAGGUUGCCUAAUAUUAAUAUUAUUUAUAGGUGCAUGGUCAUAUCAUGUGGUGAAUAAUUACUUUAUAUAUAAUUUUAAUUACUAUUGUUUGUUUACUAUUGUUUGAAAUUAUAGAAAAACCUUUAACAGCUGUGUAGCGACACAUACUAUAUAGACCAGACUGUUGCUGGAUCACUUUAUAGCCUCUAUCUCUUAUAGGCCUGUUUUGUGUGGUGAUGGCAUACUUGACUAAACCACUGUUAUACCUCACUCUGCCACUGACCUCUUUCAAAGUGAUUGUUGUCCCUCACAAGUUUUCUUAUUUGAUUUUUUCAGGAAUUAGUAUUCAGGGAAAAACCUUUCUUAGCAGCAGGGUAAAGCGUAAAGGGACACAUACAGUAUUCCAAUUCUAGAUCAUAGAACAGUCAAUUAAUGGUACACAGGCUGCCAAAUCACAGGGAUUUGCAUGUUUUUUGUUGCAGUAAAAAAAAAUAAUGGAAAAUAUGUGUACAUUUCAUUUGUAAUUCAACAACAUUUGAAAACUUUCAAAGGAUGAGAACAUUUUAUUGCUAUGUCUUAUUCUCUGUUGCCAAUAACCCAAAUGUACUGUAACAUAGCGUCCAAUCAGACCCCUUCUUCUAUUUCUUUAUUUGCAUAAGAUGGAUCAUCACUAUUUGCAAGAAAAGCACAUUCGUAGCAUUUGCCCAGUGGAAUUAAAUAAGCUUUUUAAUUGGUGCUUUUAUUGCUGUCUUGAAAUGUCAGUUAUUUCACACACAUCGUACCUAUAAACCAAAGCUAGCACUUUUUUUUUUUUUUUAUAUCUCAGGAUAAUAUCUGGGUGCUCAAAGGGAAAGUAUAUUCAAAACACAUAUUUUUAUGUUUUGUGAAGCUAAAUAGAAAUGUAAAAUAUAUACUGUAUAUGAAUUUGAAUAUUUGUGUUUCUAACCUUGUCUUACUAUUUAGGUGUAAUUGUUUAUAUGCUAAUGUGGACUACAUUUGUUAGUGAUGAUGUUACUCUCUAAAUACAUUCUGUCCAUAACUAAAACUCUAGACAACAGCAGCAACUGUGACCAUAGGAAAGUAUAUAAAGUUAAAGCACUUUGGGCCUAAUUCAGUAAGGACCACAGAUUACAAAAAAUCGAUAACAAGCAAUUUUUGGCAAUCUGCACAUGGGCAAACGCUCAGUGUAAUCGCAUCCCUGGAUGAUGCAAUCACGCUGAGAUUGACAGCAGCGGCCGAUGGGGAGGGGGGUCACGUAACAUUGUGGGGGAGUAGUUCGGACAACAAAGGCGUGUCGAGACCGUUGUUACGUCACACGCAUCCGCUCCGAGUAAAAAUAUGGUGGCGGUGCGGCUGCAUAUGCAGCCGUUCUGGGUAAGAAGGGGUCAUCCUUAAAUUUCAGUUCAGCUAUGUUAAUGCCAUUAGAUUGUGAUUGCAGCGCUGGGCAGACCUUUGUAUGCUGAGUGGCCUUGCCCUUUGCUGGCCGGCCCCCAGCAUGGGAGCGCAAGCAGUAGCAGAUUCUGCGAUUUAGCAGAAUCUGCCAUUGAUUCUCAGUCAGGUUCUUUGAGCGGUAUCCAAUUACCGCAGCUAAUUCUCCCGCUGUGCCAUCCAAUUAGCCUUGAUCGGCGCAUGGCGCGGCUUAUCUGAGAUUUUGUUUUUCCCACCUCGGGAAAGUCCCCAUUUAACUGAACCUGUAUGUUUUCACGAGUAAAGCUGUUUUUUUUUUUACAGGCGAUCCUAAUUGGAUAGCCUGUAAAAAAAAAUUGGUGAAACAUCACAAAAAGUGCGAAAAAGCUCUUCUAAGUGUUUUAUCUCCUCUAAUUGAAAACCGCCCAUAGAGUGAUAAACAACCAGCUCCUAACUGUCCUAACAAGUCCAUUCACCGCAGUAUAUCUAGUGUACAAGACUUAUAACUACUAUAAAUACAGUUUAUUUUUUUCAGAAAGUUUGCUUCCAGUUAACAAUUUAAGGGCUUAAUUCAGAGUUGAUUGCAUUAGCACAUUUGUUAGCAGUUGGGCAAAACCAUGGGGGUCAUUCAGACCUGAUCGCACGCUAGCUUUUUCUGCAGCGGUGCGAUCGGGUCUGAACUGCACAUGCAUAUGCUCUGCAAUGCGUCGGCGCGUUGGCCGCCGGCGACGGGGAUCGCCAGACAGCAAUGGAUUUAAUGAAGAAAGCGAUCGCAAGAUGAUUGACAGGAAGAGGCCAUUUGUGGGUGUCAACUGACUGUUUCUAGGGAGUGUCCGGAAAAAUGCAGGCGUGCCCAGCCGUUUGGAGGGAGGAUUCGUGACGUCAGCUCCUGGUCGGAUCAUUGCAGCGGCUGGGUAAGUCCUGAGCUGCGCAGAGACUGCACAAACUUUUGUUUGUGCAGCUCUCUGCACUAGCGUUCACACCCCUGCACAUCAACUACCCCCUCCCCCUGUAGGCGGCAACUACCUGAUCGCAGCACUGCAAAAAAACGCCUGCGAGCGAUCAGGUCUGAAUCACCCCCCAUGUGCACUGCAGGAGGGGGGGAAGAUAUAACGUGUGCAGAGAGAGUUAGAUUUGAGUGUGGUGUGUUCAAACUGAAAACUAAAUUGCAGUGUAAAACUAAAGCAGCCAGUAUUUACCCUGCACAGAAACAAUAUAACCCACCCAAAUCUAACUCUCUCUGCACAUGUUAUAUCUGCCCCCCUGCAGUGCACAUGGCUUUGCCUAACUGCAAACAAAUUUGCUGCUGCGAUCAACUCUGAAUUAUCCCCCUAAGUGCAAUAUUACGUAGCAAGACUUCUAUGUGUAUAGCCAAAUGGUUUCCCAUCAUAUAUAAUGACUGAAUAUUGUAGAUUCCAACUGUAAUUUGUAAAAUAUCCUGAAUGUGUCUGCAUUGCACUAAUAUGUGCUACGUUUCGUAAUAAUAUCAAAUUAUUGCCUUAAAUUAUAUGAUUUUCUCUGUCCUAAAAUAAAGUGAAUGUUGUGGA